UUCUGCAUUUGUACUCGAAUCGAAAUUUUCUCCGAUUGGCAACUUUGGUAUUCUGCGUUUCGAUUCAACUUCGAAAAUUCCAAUUCUAUGUAUUCUGCAUUGCGAUCGUAAUUACGUUUUUGUACGUUGAAGUUUUGUUGGCGGAAAGCCGUUAUAUAUUCAUUUUCGUGCACUUGGAUAAAAUAAUUUCCUCAAAUAUGUAAGUAAAACUUUAUGAUUAUAGUUGUAAAAGAUAUAAUAGUGGUGUCCUUGGUUGUUUGUGCUUAAAUGAUAUUUUUUGAUAUGUGUGCAGGUCAAAAGUAACAACUGUAGACCAAUACGAAAAAUUGUGUGAUAUGAUGGCCACGAAAAGAGAUAUUGUGCAGGGCUUCCAAAAGCGACCGAAGGAAGAAAUACAGGAGUUUUGGGCCCACCAACAAAAGAUUCGAAUACAUGGAGAAAGAUCUGGAUUGACUGGAAAUACAUGAAGCGAAAAUUAUCGCAUAACAAAAAAGAAAGAAUGAGCACCGGUGGAGGUCCUUGCCGACGCAACGGCCAACGCAUAAGCCCACUUGGAGAAAAGGUGAUAGCUUUGACGGGUUUGGAAACAUGCACAAGUGGAAUAAGUGGGGCCCGCGAUUAUGGCGACAGUGUGGAGGUAGAAGAUGGUGCCGAAACCACUGAAAUUGACAUUUCCGCUCGUUCGGAUGAUAUCCCUUCAACAAGUAGAGCUAGCAGCCAAAAUAGAGAGGCGAGAGCAGACAAGGAGAGCACUUCUUCAUUACUUAAGCAACAGAUACAAAAUCAAAAAGAAUUUUUUUCAGAGACGAAAACAUUCAAUCAAGCUGCCUUUGGUAAAAUAGAAGAAGUUACUACAUAUUUACGGCAMAUGAAUCGUUCUUUAGAAACUUUGACGGAGACUGCAGUGAAGCAACUUGAAGAACAGAAGCGACACAAUAGAAUUAAGGAAGAGCUGGUGAAGGAAAAAGUAGAAACAAAAAUGCAAAUGCUAAGAUUAGAUCCAAAUUAUAAGACGGAUUCAAAGUAGUCAUUUUUUAAUUGUUAGCCU